AUGUCAGUAUCCACAUCAGUAUAUUACUAUUUAAAUAUUGUAGUUGUUGGAGAACCUCAGUGUGGAAAGACAUCCUUAUUAUUUGCAUAUAUUAAAAAUGAGUUUUUAGAUGAAUUUACAGCAACUUCUUAUGAUGAACAACCAACUCUUAUUCUCUAUAAAUCACGCCAAUAUUUGGUUUCAUUUGUGGAUAGCUCUGGUUUUAAUGGGGAAGUAAAUAAGCCAUUAAGAAAAACUUUAUACAACAAUGCAGAUUUCUUUAUUGUAUGUUAUGCAAUAGACGACCCUAUAUCUCUUCAAAAGGCUGAAAAUGUUUGGAUUCCAGAAAUUUAUAGCUUCAAACAUGAUGCUUCUAUCAUCCUCGUUGGUACUAAAAGUGAUUUGAGAGAUAAUUCAAUUAACCAUAGUCCAUUAAUUGAUCACAAUAACUUAUUAACUAAAGAAGAUGGUUAUAAUGUUAAGAGAAGGACUCGCUGUAAGUUAGUUGCUGAAACUUCUGCAAAAACUAAAGAGGGUAUUCUUGAAGUCUUCAAUGGCAUAUACGAAUUGGCCAUAUUUGAACAAAAAAAAGAAAAACAUUGUAUUAUACUCUAA